AACAACCUUUGUCUCAUCCAGAUGGGAUUCUACCACAGGACGAAGUUUCAGCGACACAGCUGGCAUGCCAUUUCUUCACAUUUUAAUUGACUGCCUUAAAAACAUUUAUGUAUUAAUAAUCGGGUCAAAGCGUUUUAUGUAAUGUAAUUCUUGCAGUCUUCUGGGUACUGCGAUAAGACUUUCCAUAAUGGGUCAGCGCCUAAGUGAGGACAGCGACCCAGACAAAGAAAUAGAUGUUGCUGAGUUGCAGGAAUGGUACAAAAAGUUUGUGGUGGAAUGCCCAAGUGGGACACUCUUUAUGCACGAGUUCAAGAGUUUUUUUGGGGUCGCCGAUAACAAAGCGGCUUCCGAUUACAUUGAAAACAUGUUUCGGGCUUUCGACAAGAACGGAGACAACACCAUUGACUUUCUCGAGUACGUUGCAGCUUUGAACUUGGUGCUUAGGGGUAAAUUGGAGCAUAAAUUGAAAUGGACGUUCAAAAUGUACGACAAAGAUGGAAGUGGGUGCAUUGAUAAAACAGAGCUUCUUGAAAUUGUGGAGUCUAUCUAUCGACUGAAGAAAGCCUGUCAUGGAGAGCUGGAUAAAGAGUGCAAUCUUCUGACCCCAGACCAAGUCGUGGAUCGGAUAUUUGAGCUGGUUGAUGAAAAUGGAGAUGGUGAACUCUCACUGGACGAGUUCAUUGAUGGCGCACGGAGGGACAAGUGGGUGAUGAAGAUGCUGCAGAUGGAUGUCAACCCUGGGGAUUGGAUCAAUGAGCAAAGACGCAGUGUGGACUUCUAAAGUCUUAUCAUGUGCACAAAGCUUUUGUGUGACAUGAACAUCAAUCCUGCUUUUUUUCACAGAUCCUGCAUGAAUGUAAAUACGGUACAACAUGCCAUCUAGCAUAAGUGUGCAUAAAAAUGUGUAUUUGAUGUGCUCAUGUUAUAAAGAAAUAUAUAUAAAUGCAUUAUAUAUUUGUAGUUGUUGAUAGGUGCUAAAGGAUGUUAUUAUACCUAAUUUGUUUGUGUUUGAAAAAAUAUUUG